UUUUAUUAUUUGUUAUUUUAGUAGGUACUUAUAUAUGUUUUCAAACUCGAUUGUAUAAUGCCAUUUUAUAGGCACCCCCGAAACUUUACCCCUCUUUCAGUAGCAGCCGAAAAGAAGGCGAUAAAAAAUGGUUUACACCAUCAAAUAUUUACGUCUAGACUCGAUGUAUACAGAGGGGACUGGAAAUCAGAUUUAAAAGAAGGAAAGGGUUCUUUCUUUACAAUAACUGGAAAACUUUACGAAGGAGACUGGUAUAAAGGAUUCAGGCACGGAUUUGGAACACUCAGCCACCGCCUCGACACCGGCACAUUCCGUCUUGACUACCGUGGCGACUGGGUCCGCGGCAAGCCGGAGGGCAUAGGCGUCUGGUACUACGAAAACGGAGACGUGUACCUGGGGCAUUGGAAGAAGGGGCACAGACACGGGUACGGCAAGAUGUGGUACGCUGAUGGGACGUUGUACGUUGGGUAUUGGAAUAAGAGCUUGAGAGAGGGGUUGGGCAUGUUCGUACAAAAAAACGGCAACCGCUAUGAAGGACAUUGGGAGAACAACAUAAAGAGCGGCAUCGGUCGCUUCUACCAUUUACACACAGGGCAGAUGCAAGAAGGCUGCUGGGUGGACGACAUCUGCGUCAAGUCAAGAAUGUCUGACAUUAUCAUACGGCAGUUCUGCGAUAUGCCGACGCCUUACCCUAUCCCGCCUGAACAAUUAGAAAAUCCCAGAAAAGUCCUGGAUGAAAGCGAGCUGUGGCUGAAAAUGAAAAUAGGAAAUAUAGACAAGAAACUACGCUACUGCAUUGACCAAAUGUGGUGAUAUAUUGCUAAAAUCAUAAAAGAUCGUUCGAUUAUAAAUAAAAUGGUAUAUACUUCAA